UCGAUCUGUGUAUUUAAAAUAGUUGAAAGACUACCAAUGGAACCAGAUUAUAAUACAAUAUUGCUGCCUAUUAUAUCGGCCGUUAUGCUCUCAAAUAAUCGUCCCUUAAGCUUGGACGAGAUUUCAGAUGGAGUUAUUUCGGUGCUCAGCUCGCAGCAGGAGAAACAAAUAUCUACCGGUUCUACAAGUCGGGAGUGCACUUCCGAUGACAAUUGUGCUCAGAUCAAGCCUGUGCAGAGGAAGAAGAAAUAAGCAUGUCGUGACCAUAACUAUAAAUAUACAAAUUUGACAAUAUCCAAAAUGACAAAAAUUCACAGUUCGAAUAAUAAAUUUAUUACAAUUCGUCAUAUUUGUUGAAUGAUA